AUGAAGUGCGUAACACACGACCGACGGCUACCAGCCAGCCCCACCCAACGCAAACAACAGCUAACCCAGCUCGACAGGUUCGGCCAGCAGCUGCAGAGCUCCUUGAUCAAGGACUGGUACUACUACUACAUCUCAUACGACGAGCUCAAGAGACUCCUCCAGCCUGAGCUCCAGUCAAAGUCGACCUCCAAGAACCCCACCGCUCCCGACAAGACAUGGACCGACGAACACGAAACCCGCUUCUACCGCGAGCUUGAGGCCGAGCUAGACAAGGUCUCCAACUUCCAGCAAGUCAAGAGCGGUGAGAUCCAGCGUCGCAUCAAGAUCAGCGAACGUGAAGUCACAGACGUCAUUUCUCGUGCAAAGGCCGCUCUGCAACAAGGAGAGGAUGAGCAGUCCAACAUGGAGGCUCCCAGCGAGGAGGACUUUGGAAUGCUCGAGGAAGAUCUGUCAGACAUCAUCGCCGACGUACACGACCUGGCCAAGUUCACCCAGCUCAACUACACUGGCUUCCAGAAGAUCAUCAAGAAGCACGACAAGCUCUACCCCGACCAGCAGCUUAGGCCCCUCUUCGCUGCUCGUCUCAAUGCAAAGCCUUUCUUCAAGGACAACUACGACGCCUCCAUUGUUCGUCUGUCACAGCUCUACGACCAAGUCCGCACUCGCGGCAACCCUACCAAGGGUGAUUCGUCCGCCGGAGGAAGCCAGCAAAACUUCGUCCGUCAAACAACAAAGUACUGGGUCCACCCUGACAACAUCACCGAGCUCAAGCUCAUCAUCCUCAAGCACUUGCCCGUCUUGGUCUUCAACCCUAGCAAGGAGUUUGAGAUCAAGGACUCGGCCAUCUCGUCCAUCUACUACGACAACACAGACACUUGGGAGCUGUAUGAGGGCCGUCUCAAGAAGACAGAGGGUGCAGAGGCUAUCCGUCUGAGAUGGUACGGUGACAUGAACGUUGACACCAUCUUUGUCGAGCGCAAGACACACAGAGAAGACUGGACUGGCGAGAAGUCAGUCAAGGCUCGUUUCGCACUCAAGGAGAAGAACGUCAACGCUUUCAUGCGCGGUGAUUACACUGUCGAGCAGGCCUUUGAGAAGAUGCGCCGUGAUGGCAAGAAGAGCGAGAAGGAGAUCGCUGACCUCGAACAACUCGCCAGAGAAGUUCAAUACCGUGUCAUCGCACGCAAGCUGGAACCCGUCACCCGCUCUUUCUACAACCGUACUGCCUUCCAGUUGCCUGGCGAUGCCCGUGUUCGUGUCUCGCUCGACACCGAGUUGACCAUGACCCGCGAGGACAACCUUGAUGGACGCCAACGUACCGGUAAGAACUGGCGCCGUAUGGAUAUCGGUAUUGACUGGCCUUUCAGCCAGUUGCCCGCUGAAGAUGUUGAGCGCUUCCCCUACGCCGUUCUCGAAGUAAAGCUGCAGACACAGGCUGGUCAGCAGCCUCCCGAGUGGAUUCGUGAGCUCGUCGCAUCUCACUUGGUCGAAGCUGUGCCCAAGUUCUCCAAGUUCAUCCACGGUACCGCAACUUUGAACCCUACCCGCAUCGAUCUGUUGCCUUUCUGGAUGCCUCAAAUGGACGUCGACAUUCGCAAGCCUGUCUCACACCGCUUUGGUAUCGAGCGUCCUGGCCAAAGCACAGAUAUCUCUACUAGCGGGCAGAUGGACGAUGAUACCGAUGACGAGAUGGAAGAUGCUGCCAACCUGCCCAACGGUGACGACGAGAACUACCGUCGUCUGCGGGCCGCCAGAGAUGCCCUUGAGCAGCACGAGGUUGCUCAGCGUAUGGAUUACGGCACCACUAAUGGCGGCGCCGACCCCAACUCGCUGGACGAGGAAGAGCGUUUGGCCGCCCGACCCUCUGCUGACGAAGACGACUACCCACUAUACGAUAGUGACGAUGAGGACGAUGACCUCGAGGAAGCGAAGCGUAUUGGUGGCUGGACAUACCGCCGUAAGCUGUUGACGCAUUAUGUUGACAAGGUUGGCGACAAGCUGGCAACCGCUUUCAGACUUGCCACACCAGCACCCAAGCCUACCGCUAUGCCUUCAAACGGGGAUGCCUCCAUGGGAAUCCCUAGCUCUAGAAACAACGACAAGAUUCGUGAGAAGCGCUACAAAGCUCCCAAGGGCAAGAAGAUUCACGUGCCAGUGCGUGUCGAGCCCAAGGUCUUCUUCGCAGCCGAACGUACAUUCCUGUCAUGGCUCGAGUUCAGUAUCAUCAUCGGCAGUAUCGCUGCUACCCUGCUCAACUUUGGUGACACCACUGCUUUGGCUUCCGCCUGGGCCUUCACCAUCGUCGCUCUAUUCGCCAUUUGCUACAGCAUGGGACUAUACCUCUACCGUGUGCAAUCAAUUCGCAACCGUCGCGCCAUCACCUACCACGACAAAUGGGGUCCUAGCGCAUUGUGUGUUCUUUUGUUCGCUGCUGUGACAGUCACCUUUGCCUACAGAUUUACACACGAAAGCAAGGGUGGUCUCAAGGGCGAUCUCAAAGGUUGA